CGGAGAAGCAACCAGCUAUACCAUCUGCACCGCACCCAAACCAUUUACUUCUUUCCAUGCCGGCUUCAUAUUGCCGUUCGUUUCAUCUCGAAGUACUAGUACUCUACAGUUGAUCUCGAAGCCUCUGCCUUUCUCGUCUUCAAUACCACGGCACCCCCAACUCACUGGCCUCUCUAAGUCCUACAUCUUUGCCGACCCAGCUACCGUCUGCUGCUGCAUACUCCGAUCGUCCACUCUCACCGUUGUCGAUCACUGUCUUUGUUUGAAAGCUCUGCACAUCUGACAACCACCAAACCAUAGACCCUUCAGAUUUACAAUACUGACCUGGCGAUUUUGACUGUCUUCAACACGUUGGCCUGCAAGGCCACUCACCAAUGCAAUCAUGAAGGCCGGUCCACUUCUCAUAACAUGGCACAACGAUAAUCAGCCCAUCUACUCUGUCCACUUUGACCCUCGCGGAAAAGGCAGACUGGCAACUGCUGGAAAUGAUAACAAUGUCCGAUUAUGGAGCAUUGAAGCUCAAGGAGAAGAGCGAAAAGUUACAUACCUCUCGACACUCACAAGACAUACUCAGCCUGUAAAUGUCGUCCGAUUCUGUCCCAGAGGGGAAAUGCUAGCCUCAGCCGGAGAUGAUGGCAAUGUCCUCCUUUGGGUCCCCUCCGAGUCAGCAAUAACGACCCUGACCGAAGAACACGCCGAUGACAAGGAAACAUGGAGAAUAAAGCAUAUGUGCCGGACAUCCAGCGGAGCUGAAAUAUACGACUUGGCUUGGUCUCCUGAUGGUCAAUAUUUCAUCACUGGCGGAGUUGACAAUACUGCCAGGAUUUUCAAUGCACAUACUGGUGCUAUGAUACGCCAGAUCGCAGAGCACAACCACUUCGUACAGGGAGUGGCCUGGGAUCCUCUCAACGAGUUUGUUGCUACGCAGUCGUCAGACCGCUCGGUGCACAUAUAUGCUCUGAAGCUCAAGGACGGGACACCAACACUCUCUACACAUGGUAAAUUCAACAAAGUGGACCUACCUGCUCGACGAAUAUCUUCGAACAGUCCGGCUCCUGCAGAUCUACCACAUCGAUCAUCGAGCGCAAACGCAAACAAUCUAUCCAUUGCCUCUCCAGCACCUUCAAACCCCGGCACGCCUCUUACUACACCACUUCCGAUGGAUCCGCCUAUGAUCACUUCCAGCCGACGCUCGUCCUUCGGCUCGUCACCAUCGUUCCGCCGAUCUGCUUCUCCUGCACCCUCGCUGCCAUUGCCUGCCGUGAGGCCAGAAAUCUCCUCACCCAGUCUCAAUGCAGCCAUGGGAUUAGCAGUCAAAAACACAAACAUAUAUCACAACGAAACGUUAACCUCUUUUUUCCGACGACUCUCAUUCUCUCCAGAUGGAAGCUUACUGUUCACUCCCGCCGGACACUACAAGCAAGCAUUUCCAAGUACGGGCGAUCCGACAAAGCCCAGUGAAGACAUCUCGAAUACUGUCUACAUAUAUACGCGAGCUGGCUUCAACAAGCCUCCUGUCGCACAUCUGCCUGGCCACAAGAAACCGUCCGUCGCUGUCAAAUGUUCUCCUAUUCUCUACACCCUCCGCUCAACCACCAAACCAACCAACCACAUCACUAUUGACACAUCCUCGGCCAGUGAAGAGAUCCCCCUGUUGCCUGAGGCUAUUACAGCGCCGACACCUUCGUCGAUCAUGGAACCGCCAUCCCUCUCGUCUGCAACAUCUGUCCCUGAGCCAAUGUCAGCACCUUCACCGAGAACCGUAACAGAUUCAGACCCCAUCAACCCUUCACCAACUCCUGCUUUCGCCUUGCCAUAUCGAAUGGUCUAUGCUGUGGCUACUCAGGACGCCGUCUUUGUCUAUGAUACUCAACAAAUGACGCCUCUCUGCGUCGUUAGCAAUCUUCAUUAUGCAACGUUCUCGGACUUGACGUGGUCGAAUGAUGGCCUGACAUUGCUUAUGUCCUCAACCGAUGGAUAUUGCUCCACACUGGCUUUUUCACCUGGUGAACUCGGACAGGUCUAUACUGGACCUCAUCCAACCUACAACCACCCUGUUGUCUCAACAUCCAUUCCCCUUCCGACAUCAUCAGCCAAUUCUACUCCCAUGCCAACACCUACAGCAACAGCAUCUCCUUCAUUGAUCAAAGCAUCUCCAGUCCCUAUACCGCCAUCUCAUCAAUCUCCUGCUCCAUUUAUUAUUCGCCCCGGAAGUCCAGCCAGAUCGAAUUCUCAGUCUUCAAUAGCAACGAUGGCCUCGAUACAGACUACUGGGCUCCAAAACAACCCGACCCCUACUAUGGGCCAUGUGCCUCUGGUGACAGCUGCUAACUCAGGCCCACCUGUCGCCAUACCACCGAUGUCAACUCCACCACAAACUCCAGCAAGUGUGCAUGGUGGUCAUCAUUCCGCCGCAAGCUCUAUAAGUGGCAGUGUACUAGGCAAGAGGGACGUGGGAGCAACGAGUGAAAGUGAGAAGGAAGAGAGCAAAACUAAGAAGAGAAGAAUAGCGCCGACUCUUGUUGGACCUUCGGGUUCAGCAGAACCUUCAAAAGAAGACGAGAGGUCUUAGGCGCAGGUUCGGGUUCCUUUUGUCUUGAAAGGUGGAAUUAUUCCAUUGUAUUAUGCCCAAUUUGCCCAAUACGGCUAUUUAUCUUCGAGCAUGGCGUUGGGAUUGCAAACAGAGGUUGGCCACUAUGGGCCGCGGGAAGGUCGGUCUUUGUUAUCUUUAAAGGACAAAGCUCUCAGAAAAUGAAGCAGUGCGCAACGUAACAG